GUAACAAAGCUACCGGUAUCUGUGAAACACCAUGACCAUUAACCACACAACCAGCAGCAGCUAGGAAACACAUGCUCCAAAACCACCACCAUCAGACUGAUCAACACAGUGACAGACCCCAAACACACCCACACCUCAUACGGGAAUUAUUUUUAUAAAAAAGCAGCCCUCGUCAAAAGGAGGUCUCUGCUCUAUCUCUACUCUUUCUUCUCUGUGUGUUUUGGUUAGUCAACUGCUAGCUACCAGUGACAGCAAUAGAUAAGUACAUACAGCCAGAGGAAACAGUCAUAAAACGCCUUAAAGAGAUGUUUGGUUGUCCCUUCUCCUCCUUCACCAAACAAGGAAUACUACUUAUCGUACUCUCCAACCUCCACUAUGGUGUGGGUGUUUCUUCAUACUCGUCGUUCCACAAGACAGUAGGGGACUCCGUGGAGAUCCCUGCAGGCUUAGAGGGGCAAAAUGUCACCAUAAUGCAGUGGAUGUAUAGAGGAAAGGAUAUUGUAGAAUUCAGCCCAAAAGUUGAAUAUUCACCUGGAUCCCAGUUCGAGGGGAGACUAGAGUUGAAUCUCUUUAACUUCAGUUUAACAAUUAGGAAACUGACUCUGCAAGACUCAGGGGAAUUUCUAGUUAUUGCUGAAUCAGACAAGCAGAUUCCCACUAACGCUGUCACUCUGCAGGUUCACGAGCCUAUAUUGAAGAUGGAGAUCCAGACAGACAUCAAGCUAUUGGCCAACCACUCCUGUACGGUGCGGCUGGUGUGCAACGUGUCCUGCUACCCCAACAUUACCUACACCUGGGAGAGAGACAAUGAGAUCUACGGGGACGCCCAGCAGAUUCACUUCUCUCUCUCACCAGCAGAGGGAGACAUCAGAGUAAAGUGCAGCGCCUCCAACCUAGUUAGUUGGAAAACUGCCUCUACGACAGUAAAGUGUAGUAAUGACACAACCACCCCAGGACUGGCAUGGAAUUCCAUCUACAUCGGAGUAUCAGUGGGAGGAGCUGUGGUGCUGAUCCUCACUGUAGCUGUGGCAGUGUGCUACUGCAGGGGCCGAAGUAACACAGCAGAUCUAACUGACAACACAAUAUAUGCUGAUGUUAUGGACAACACAAGAAGUAGAGAUACAAUAUCAAACAGUCAGGUAAACCCAAUAUCCAUAUAUGAGACUGUCAAUGAUCUGGUUAUCCCAAGAUUGAACAAGCCGCAGACUCUGUAUGACAAGAUCACGUUUGAACGCCGGGAAGCCCACCCUUCUCCUUUCCAGGAAGUACUGUGAGCUGAACAGGAUGUGGUCAUAGGCUGGGCCUCCCAUAGAUAUGGAACCCUCUGCAUGUUGUAUCUUACACGUGUAUAUUCUGUAGAUAGGCCUAAUGUUACUGUUUAAUUUCAUCACGCCCUACACUAUUUGUUUACUUUUUCAUGAUUGUAAUCUUCCCCCUUUGUUGAUCUCAUAUAAACAUUGUAUAUAUUUACAAGUAUGUGGACACCUAUUAAAAUUUGUGGAUUCAGCUA